AUGCCCAAGACUAGAGGGGUAAGGGUAAAGGUUAAAGCUGGUCGCAAGCUGUUUGGCGGCUAUCGCAUUACGCCCAAACAUUGUCGUGCUACCAAGACGCUGCCCAGCUCGGAUCCACGCUCCAAUGGCCCCACCAUUUGCAUGUUCAAUCACGAGUGCGCGCAACGAGGCGGCGAGGUGCAGGAGCAGCAGCAACAGGAGCAACAGUAUCAACAGCAGCAGCAACAACAUCUCAAUGAUGAGCAGCCAGCACAGAAUCUACAGAAUCUGGAUAAGGUCUAUCAGCAGCUGGGCAGCACUGUGAGUCUGAGUCAGAGCGUGCAGCCUGUGGCGCAGGACGAGUUGAGCUAUGCCAGCAGCUCGACUGAGGCAACCAAUUCACAGUCAGCCAGCGUAGAGUUCGAGCAGGAGGCGGAGCUGCAGACGAACAACGAUGCCGUCAACUCCAAUGAGGUGAAGCCCACGGAUCAGCCACCGGCCAUACAUGUGCACAAGCAUUCCGUGAAGAUCAACACGUUCUCAUCGCCGCCAAACAACGAUGACUUCGUCAUGCAAGUGCUGGCCACGCUGCCGCCGGAGCAUGUGGAUGACAUUGUGACCUUUACCACGGAGGUGCCCAAUAAGAUUUCCAACGGUCAUGUGGAGCACAGCAGCUCCGAGUCGAACAGCUUUGAGGAGAUUGCAGCCACCAAGGCGCCAGCUAGCACGCCCAGGCCGAAGCCGCAGCCCAAGCCACAACCAAAGCCCCAAGCAAAGCCCCAGGCCAAGCCCCAAUCCAAGCCCCAAUCGAAGCCUGUGCCACAGCUGGCCGAGGCCAUGAAGCGACCUGUGCAGCAGGUGAAGCCCAAGCCGAAGCCAGCCAAUCUGCAUAAUCACAAUCAUUUGAUAUUGGAUGGCGGCGAGUUCACACACAGCGAUAUAACACAUCCCGGUGCAGAUGCGGAUCUCGUUGAGGAUCUGCAAUUCUCCACGGGCUAUGGACCACAGCCAGUCUAUGUGCAGCCACCAAAGGAGCAGCAGCAGCAGCAGCAGCAGCAGCAGCCCUCGCAGCCGGCGUCUCAGUCCUACAUCUCGUCCAGCAGUACACAGCCCAGCGCCGCAGCGGAUGAUAAAUAUAUUCUGGUGCCCACCUACAACAAUGAGAAGCGACCCGCUGUGGUGCAGAGCAAUCCCACCACGGUGUCAUCCAUCACCACGCACGUGGACUCCAUUGAGUCGAUCAUACUGCAGCUGAACCACAGCAGCCAUGGACCCAGCUACAAUGUGGUUAGCCAGCAGACGCCGUCGUACAACUAUGCACCGCAGGCCGAUCACAGUGAGCCGGUGGUUACGGCUCAGCCGGCCAGCUACUAUCAGCAGAACGAGGAGCAGCAGAACGAUCUGACCAAGUCGCAGGAGGUGGAGCAGCAGCAGGAGUACGGCUACACGACCGAGUUCAGCUAUGACAAGCUGUCCGGCGAGCAAGAUGUCUCCACGAAUAGUCAGUCCGCCGAGCUGCCCACGCCGCGUCCCACCUACAGCGAUGAUCAGUCCGCCGUACUCGAGGAGCACACAAUGCCCGCCACGAGCUACAACGAUGCCAUGUCGCCGCAGGCUCCCCAGACCUCGGAGUUCAACAAAAUGCCCGUCAUGGGCAUUGCCUAUCCCGUGGAUAUGUCCUACAUGGAAGGCGACUCGAAUCAAGCGGACGGUGAGCCGUCCGGCUAUGGACAGGUGAGCAGUGCAUCGCUCGAGGGGAAUACGGAGAUGAACUUUGAGAAGAUCACGAAUAGUUAUACCGAGGCGCCGCAGCCUUCGCCCGCUUACGUGCGUCCCUCGAACGGCAAUCGUCCGGUGGCUUCCUACAUCGGCAUGGUCACCAUGCAGCACUACAAUGAUGAGCUGCCCCCCGAGGUCUCUGUCUCCUCACACACCACCAAAGUGCAGGAGCAAUACGAGGAGACCUCCUCCGGCUAUCAGCAAGCCGAGAAACUGGUCACAGCCAGCCCAGUGCCCACGGCCAGCUACCUGGCUGCCUCGACCACAACGCAGGCCCAGCGUCCUCAAUACGAUAGCCACCAGGAGAGCUCCUCACUGCGUCCCGUUUUGAUAACAGCCAGCCCCAAGCCACGCCCCAAGCCCACAACAAAGCGUCCGACGCCGCCCAAGAAACCGGCAACGCCUGCAACGAUCAUCAAGAAGAAGCCCGUGCAGAGCGAGCAGAACACGCGCAGACCGGCUCAGCCCAGCAGCAGCUACAACACCGAGGAGUCACCCGUUACCCACAUCCAGAUCAAACAGCCUGCGGGCAGUUACAACCAGCAGCAACAGCAGCAGCAGCAGCAGAUGGACUCCGGCUAUGGACAGGCUCCGAUUCAGAGCUAUGAUCAGCCUGCAGCCGUCUCUAGCUCCGGCUAUGGUCAGGAUCAGCCCGCCACGCCCACUGUCAGCUACGAUCAAUCCUCAUCGGCCUCUGCCCCAGGCUACGAUCAAUCUGUCACGCCUGCAAUCAGCUACGAUGAGCCAGCCUCUCCAGCAGCUAACUACGAUCAGGCAGCUCCAGCUCCGGCUCCAGCACCCGCUCCAGCUACAUAUGCCGAGUCCGCUCCGUCGGUGCUCAACUAUCAUGAGCCGGCGGCUAGCUCGCCCACGCGCAAACCCGUCUCCGCCAAGCCCAUCUCCACGAGCUACGUAACAGGCCCGACCACACCGCGUCCCCCAGCCACCGUGGACUACCACUACGACAAGGUGCCGCCGCUGUUUAUGGCCGAUGACAAGCUCGAUGCAUUCAUACAGAGCACCGCCGAGAAUAUCUUGGGCUCCACGCCGGGCAAUUAUCAGGCGCCGCUCUACGCCACCGCCUCGACGCCCAUCCACAUACAGCAGCCGACGAACAACUAUAAUAGCCACAAGAAGCCCGGCUUUGUGCAGAUCAAUAUAACGCCCAAACCCUCCAAGCCAACGGUGCUGAUCACGCCCAAGCCCACCACCAUCAAUGUGGUGCCAGCCAACAGCUGGGAUAACACGAAACUCGGCUCGACUACCUCCAACUCGUACAUCUAUGGGCCAGAAGGAACGCGACGUCCGGGCAAUACGCCGUCUGCAGUAAGCUCGAAUGACUUUGAGGAUCCGGGCUACUUCGGCAUGCCCGCUGCUGGCAGCAGUCCCGUGCACUUGACCUACACCCAGUCGACCACUGAGGCGAUGUACGGUGUGCCGUCGGAUGACAAGCCCGCUUUUCCGGGCUACUAUGGGCCGACGCCCACAUAUCCGGCAUUCUCGGUGCCCGGCGAGAAGGUGGGCCAGGUGGUCGAGGAGACGUACACCUCUCCCAAUGACUUCGUCAACUUCCCGCCGGUGCGCAAUCCGAAUCUGAAUAUGUCCGCCGCCUCGAGCGCCGUGACCAGCGAUCUGGAGCUCGCCACGCCCUCCUUUGUCGAGGACACUGUGCUGAAGGACAAGAUGCACACGCUCGUCCACAAGCUGGUGGCCUCACUGCAGGGCAACUUCGAGGCGCUGGCCGACAUGAUCGACGAGACGAACAACACUGCAUCUACGUACUCCUCCGGCCUGGUGAGCACCACCAAUGUCAACAAGAAGACCACACGCAAGCCAGUGCGCGUCGCCACCACCUCAAAGCCGAAGGCAACCACCAAGAAGCCUGUGACUCGAGUCUCCACCAAGGCGCCCAACAGGAAAGUUCCGACCACCACCACACGGAAACCGGCCACGCGUCGACCCAACACCACAACGCGGCGUCCCAGCUCCAAGAGGCCAACGAAACGUGUCACGACCACCAAGACCACGGCACGACCUAUCCAAGACUUCAACGAUGAGGAGGACGAGGAGGACGUCAAUCCGAGUCCGCACGAGAACGAGAUCGAGCAGGGAACGCUGAGCUCAUACGGUGGUGCCAACGGACGCAAAAUACCACGUCGCCGGCUCAAACGGCCUGUCCACAGGCAUCGCCAUCAUUGAAACCAUCCAAACGCUAUCCACAUAGUCACAUAGCUAGUUCUUAAUAGUCUAAUGAAACCCAAUUUCCCUAGUCCCCGAUCCGCAUAUGGUAGCCUAGUUAGACUCCAGUUCCCCUAGUGCCUAAUCCGUUUCUUGCCUCAUCCCGCAAAGAUUUGCCCCUCCCCGUUUCUCUCUGUGUAACUAUUUUUCUGGCUGCUCGUCAGUUGCUCCCUCGCUCGCUCACAUUUGAUACAAUCGCUCGUUCGCUCUCACUCACUCACUCGCUCGCUCGCUUUGUGAACACUCCCUACUCCUAACCUCACAUUUCACUCCCCAUCAACAGAAUGCGGCGUUCGUCCACAUGUUAAAUCGGGUCGCAUU